AUGGAUUGCCGAUGGACACUAACUGACGAUAGCAGCCCUCUGCCAUUUCCCCAGAAGACACUUCCCUAUGAGAUACAUGCACCGCAGUCCUGCUACGCACUGGUUUCCAUGUUGACCCUUGGCGAGGAUUAUGGUGAUGAUUCUAUUUUGGAUGAAUCUCCUACGAAGCUCCUCUUCGAUAGACACACAAAAAGAGUCAAUGCUACUCUUGGUAACGAGGAGCGGCUGCUUCGUGAAAAGCGAAAUUCUUCCAUGCCCAUGAUGAAGCCCCAAAGGAAAAAGUCAAUGGAAGACUUGGCUCAUCUCGAAUCAGCACUAAAUGCUGUCUUCGAUCUCAUCAUUGAGGCACCUGAGGGUGCCGGGUGCCAGUGGGAUUGUGAAGAAAGUUCCAUCCCGUCUGCAGCAGGUGCAAAAUGGUCAACACACGUGAUGACCGAGGUCCUCAAGAAGCCAGUGCGAAGGUCGAGCCUUGGUUAUGCUCCCCAUUCUCCCCAUCGAUCUGCAGAUUGA